CUCACUGAAUUACCCCAAAGGUUAUUAAAAAACAUCCACUAUCUCUAAACUUUCUGUUGCGAUUAUCGAUUUUUGAAAAACAAACAAACAUGUAAAGUUUAAAAAUAUUUUGGUAACGUUAAAAGGUGUUAUAGUCUCAUUGAAAGUUAAUGGUAAUGCGUGCUGAGAACCUAUAAAUGUCAUAAAUUUUUUGACGUCAUGGCUACGUACAUGUAAAUUAGUUGUAAAUACAUAAAUAACGUGAAAAGUUACUUCAAAAUAGUAGUAGUAGUGUAUUUAGAACAGAAGCAAUAAGACCGAAGACGAUUUAAACAGCUGAAAGGGUUAUCUCCUCAAACAAGAUUUGCUAAUCUUCUGUUUUAAACUACCUUGAAGAAAACUUGUAACAAACCUCUAAAUAAAAUGAACUGUUCACUCUUGAUAAUUUUCGCCGUAUUACUGUCAUCAGGACAAAUAAACGGAGAAGUGCAAUGCCCUCCAAAUGAAAAACCGGGAUGCGAAUCGGCUUGUGCUCCUACAUGUCAGAAUAAAUCUCCGCCAGAUGUUUGUACCGAACAGUGCGUAAAUUCAUGUAUUUGUAUUAAAGGAUAUAUAAGAGAAGGACCUGGUGGGAAAUGUGUGCCUGAAGCUUGUGAAGGCGUACCCAUAUGCAAAGAACACGAACAGUUUACCACCUGUCGCCAUUUAUGCCCUGAAAUAUGUAAUCAGACCGAGAUCGUCUACUGUAUCCUGCUGUGUCGCGGUUCAGGGUGUAACUGCGCAGAAGGCUACGUUAGAACGAAGGAUGGAGACUGUAUACCCAAUACUUACUGUAGACUAAACUGUGAAAAAAACGCCGUUUAUAAUGCUUGUGGUACGGCUUGUCCACCAACCUGUACCGAACCGCAAAAGACUUGCGGAAAACAAUGCGUAAGAGGUUGCUUUUGCAAGAAGAAUUAUGUUAUCGACGAUAACACUGGACGCUGUAUCAAAAAAGUAAAUUGUCCAAAGUGUUAAAUUUCACAAUAUUACGUUACUUUUGUUUUAAAGGUUCUCCUGUAUUUUUUAGUAUCUUUUAAUUUUUGUUUGUUUCCUACACUGCACAGUUUAUGUCAUCAGUUACUUACAAAAAG